UUGUAAACAUGGCGUCGCAAAUUGCAACAAAACAAGAAGAAGACCUGGGAAAAAAGUGCCGCUCCGCUGAGAAAACGCAAAAAGUAAUGAACUUAGUAAUUUUCGCGAAAGUUUGAUAACAAAAACUGCGACAGGAUGGAUGUACAGCCGCCAAGAGAUGCCAAUUUACGCAAUAUAAUAGAUAAAUUGGCCGAGUUCGUGGCGCGCAAUGGGCCCGAGUUCGAAGCAAUCACCAAACAAAAGCAGCAAAACAACCCAAAGUUCGAGUUCCUGUACGGCGGCGAAUUCGCCAACUAUUAUCAAUUUCGGGUGGCAGCCGAGCAAACAUUGCUGAAGCAACAAGGCGUUCCAUUACAACUGCCAGGGGGCCCAGCGCCUGGACACUUUCUGCAACAUCCGCCGCCGAUGCAGCAGGCACAACCACCCUCUCACUACGCACCACCAAAUAACCAGCAACAGCACCCGCCCGCCCAAAACAAUUUACAUGACAACGCACAAGACAAGAUGCAACAGCAACAAUCACCGCAUUUAUGGCCGCCAAACAAUGGAGGGUCCGGGGCGCCGCCCAACAAUCAGCCAGCCAACGGCCCGCCACUUACGCUGACGCUGACGAACCAACUGGAUGCCAUUAAGAUGCAGCAAAACACACUGCGGGAGCAAAUCAAGCAAUCCGAAGCGAAUCUCUCUGCACAGCAUACGGCGCUGAUGUCGCAAAAAACGAAGCAGAUCGAGGAGACGAUUGCGGCGGCGCAGACGGCCCAACUGGAGCAGCUGGCCGGCGAGCAGGGGAUUGUGCUGCGCGAUUUCGAUGGAGUGCUGCAGCCGAUCAUAGAUGCCUGCACCAAGGACAGCAUCUCAGCAGGCAAGAACUGGAUUUUACAGCAUUCAACCGACAGCGCAAAAAUCAAUGUCGUUUUACAAUAUCUUUUAAAGAAGGCUUUGGUCAAUGGUUCAACGUUUCAGCAAAAAUUGCAUCUUAUAUAUUUAGUUAAUGAUAUACUCCACCAUUGCAUGCGCAAAAACAUCAACGACUUGAAGAACAGCCUGGAGAACGUCGUCAUACCGAUGUUCUGCAGCGCAGAUCUGAUUGCCAGCAUGGAUCAGCGCCAGAAGCUCGCCAAGCUGCUGUCCCUGUGGGAGUCCAAGGCCAAGUUCUUUGAUGCCUGCGUCAUCUCAAAGCUGCAAUCACCGGACUCAUCCAUGCAGGAGUACAAAACGAAUCUGCAGAACUCUCAUCACGAUAUAGCAGCCAAGUUCACACAAAACACCAAGGCCACGCUGGACAACUACCAAAAACAGCAUCAGAUAUUUAUCCAGCAUGCCAGCCAGCAAAUUGCACAAUUUGAGUCACAAAGGCAACAACUCGAACAACAAUUGAUGGCAGCACAAAAGGCACAACAGCAACAGCAGCAGCAACAUCAGCUACUGCAGCAGCAGGGACCGGGAACGCCACAGAAGAACAUACCAUCGUUAAUGUCCCAUCGUUUGAUCAUGCCCGGAGAGCAUGAGCACAUGAAUACGCCACCACCUAAUGAGGCGCCACAUCCCCAGGCUGGGAACAACAUUUAUGCAGGAGCCAAUUUCCACCAGCAACAGCAGCAGCAGCAGCAACAACCGCCGCCACAGCAGUCGGGCAAUCACUUCGGUGAUCCGCGCGGACCAAACUUUUUCAUUCCGGACAUGUCGAAGCCACCGCCAGGCUUUGCGGGACCAGGACCAAUGCACCUGCAUGGACAGGUGGCAGCGGCGCUGCAGCAGCAGCAACAACAGCAGUAUGGACAAAUGCCUGGACAGGGGGUUAAUAAUGAGCCUCCCGUUGAUCUGGGCGUGCUGAAUGCAGCCAUUCAGGCUGUGAUGCAGCUGCAGCAUCAGCAGCAACGACACCCCGACGAGCCGCAGCAAAAUCCACAACAACUUCAGCAGCAACUGCCACCACAGCUUCAGAAUCAAAUCCCACAGCUCCAGCAGCAGCAGCAACCACUAACUGGAUAUCCACAAAGUUUGCGACAAGCCCCAGGAAAUGUCGAUCCAAAUGCAGUGGAUCUCGAUGCGCUUAAUGCAGCCAUUAGAGCGGUUAUCACACAACAUCCGGAUGACAUUCAUGCGGACCAAAAGCAUCAUGCGGAGGAUGGCCAGCAGCUGCAUCAACAAGGUGAUGGUGAAUCGGCAAAUGCUGCCGUUUUGGCCGAGCCACAGAUACCCACAGCGCCUUAUUACGACUUGCCCGCCGCUCUAAUGGUUCCGCUCAUCCGGCUGGAGGACUACAACUACAAGUCCCUGGAUCCGGCGGACAUACGGGUGCCAGCACCAACGCCGCUAAGCGAGCGCCUGACGAAUGCAUUGAAUGCUUUCUAUGCGGCGCCCUCCCACGACCGUCCAAGGGAUAAUGAGGGUUGGGAGAAGCUGGGCCUGUACGAGUACUACAAGGUGAAGAAUGGUGCGCGGAAGAAGAAGGAAGAGGACAUCAAGGAAGGCAUACGGGAAAAGUCACGCUCCCCCAGUCCCAUUGUGCUCGAGAAGCCCCAGCCCAAGAAAGGCAAUAAGCGUUGCUAUCGUUCCCAGAGUCGCAGUCGCUCCCCAGUGCAUACACCUCCGCGUCGUGAAAGAACCCGCUCGCGGUCGAGAUCUCGCUCCGUGGAGCGUACGUUAACGCCGCCACCGCAUCGCAAUCGUGGACAAGGUGGCAGCGGUGGCAGCAGUCGGAAAGGUCGCAACCGCUCGCCGCGUCAUGAACGUGACAACAACAGCAACAGUAAUAGCAGCGGCAGCAAUCGGGAGAAUCGUGCGGAACGCAACAAUUCCAACAGCAACAAUGGCAACAACAACAAUUCUCGUCGUGUGGAACGAGACAGAUCCCCGACACCGCCAAGCUUCUUGGGCAGCAACUUUCCCAAGCCGCAGGAGUUCAUUGAGGAGACAAACAAAGGCCAUCAAAUGCUGAUGAAAAUGGGUUGGGCGGGCACAGGCACUGGCCUGGGCUCAAAGAAUCAGGGUAUAGAUGCGCCCAUCUCGGGCGGCGAAGUGCGCGAUCGUCGCGACAUGUACAAGGGUGUUGGCAACAAUCUGAACGAUCCCUUUGAGAGCUUCCGCAAGAACAAAGGUGCUGCAUUCGCCCAUCGGAUGCGCACCAGAGAUGACAAAAGUUAGGAUCUGUUUAAAAAUAUUAUUUUUGUUUGUUUCCGCUAGCAAAGAAAAUACAUUUUUGUAAAA